CACACAUGUCUGUGUGUGUGUGCAUACUGCUAAACCAGACAAAGCCUUGUAGCUCCUUCGAGAAUCAGUUUUACAUUGCUUUCAGUCUCUCUCUCUCUUUCUCUCUCUUCACACUUUCAGUACAGUCUAGCUGAGUGGGUGAAAAGCAAGAAGUUCAUGAGAGAGAAAAGGAGAGAGAGAGAGAGCGAGCAAGCGCAGCCACUCAUUCGUCCCUCACUCCAGGCUCUAAGUUUACAGGCAGCCAGGCAGAUUUUCUUGGCUUGGAUGCAGCGCUCAUGACAGGAUUAGGAGCCUGGGAUACAGGAUCAACCGGAGAUCUGCAGGUCCUAGUGGAUGAGCCCAGGUCAGAUUCUCACCCUGCACAGCAGUGACUGACCUGUAUCCCUUCCUCAUCCAACUUCCGAAAUUGACCUGAUUGCCAGGCUCCAUCCUCUCCUCUCCUGUCAUGCAUCUCCUUGUUUCCCUCCUGCUCUUGCUACUCCUUGGAUCAGCGGAACCCCGGAGAGGCCCUCGGUCAAAGGCUGUGGAGAGGGGCACACGGGGCCAUGUACGGGGUAGAGGCAGGCCCGGCGUCAUGAGGCGUCAAACUGAGGUGUGCUUGGAAUACAUGGAGUCAGGAGAAAAAUACCUUGACUGCCAGGAUAGGCAGCUGACCACUGUGAUGCAGGACUGGCCCAAAGAUAUCCACCACCUACUGCUGGCGAGAAAUAGGAUUCAGGUUUUGAGGGACAACAUGUUUGCUCAGUUCACCCAGCUGAAGAGCUUGGAUCUCCAGCAGAACCGCAUCUCCAGGGUGGAGGAUGAUGCGUUCAGUGGCCUCUCCCAGCUCAAAACCCUGCUCCUCCAGCACAACCAAAUGACAACAGCCUCCGAGGAGGUCCUGCUCCCCCUACCCCGCCUUACUUAUCUCCGUCUCUAUGACAACCCGUGGAGCUGCCUGUGUCCCUUGGAAAGCUUGAUCAGAAAACUGCAGCUGCCAGGCAACCGCAACUUGGGCAAUUACGCCAUAUGUGCAGAGCCUCUUUCACUGAAGGGUCAGAAACUAAAAAAGUUGACUGUAGACCUGCUGUGUGAGGAAGACAAGGGGCCAGAAUCUGGAGUUGUAGAAUGGCCAAAGCCUCCGCCAAAAAUAAGGAAGCCAGAUGCCACCUCCAUGUGCCGCACGUACAUGUUUCCCAAACCGCUGCUGGACUGCAGCAACAAAGAUUUGAUUAGCAUCCCACCUGACCUGCCAUCUGACAUAGUGAGGAUGGAUCUGUCCAACAAUAAAAUAAAACAUCUCAAGCCAAAACAUUUUGUGCUGUCCAAAGACCUCAAACUUCUCAACCUCAGCAGUAACAACCUGCACCAUAUAGACACAGCUGCAUUUGCAGGCCUGCUGUACCUCCGUGAGCUUGACCUCUCCAACAACAGUCUCCAAUACUUCCAGUACAGUGUACUAGAGGACCUCUACUUCCUACGGAAGCUCUCACUGGACAACAACCCGUGGUUCUGCGACUACAACAUCCACUACCUAAAUUACUGGCUCAAGCACCAUCCUGGCGUCCAUCACACUGGCUUGAUCUGCUCAGGGCCGCCUGAGUUCAAGGGCUGGCGUGUCGCGGAUUACGUCAAGACCUACAACGGGGAAUGUCCUGUAGAUAAACAAAUAGAAGGGACAGAUACAGGACAGGGGGCACAAGAACAGUCAGAAAAUGACGCACAGAAGCCAGGGAUGGACAAUAGUGAUGGACAGGGUGCAAAUCUUCCACAACACCUGAAAAAGGCGGCACCAAACAAAUUUAAAAUCAUCAGGCUGAGCUAAAAUGCAGACGGCUCAGAGGACUGGUAGAAACGUAUACAAUAAGAUUGAAAUGGAUGUCUGAGAACAAGCUGAACGAUGGCUUAAUAAAAGGAGGAACUCUGUUUUGUGGUAAAAUCCAUUACGUAGGCUAUUAGGGAUAAAGCUUCCCUGUUCUGUAUGGGUUGCAGAAAUACCUAACUCUAUCUCUUUUCUCUCUUACAGUAAUUUUAAUUUUGACUUCAGGAUACUUUGACUUUUUUUUUUCUUCUAAAAAGUAAUUUUUGGUCUUUUGGUAUUAACGUAUGCUUUUGUCUACUUGUUUUCAGGAAAUAAAAUUUGUUGUUUUUUGUAUUGUUUUUUUCUGAAAAUGUGUUUUACUAUGUGAUCGAAAAUUUCCAGAUACAAUGCAGGUAAUGUGUCAAGGAUCACAAAUGAUUAUUGCUAAAGUGUUCCAUAUUCCAUAUCAUUAGCUGCUUAUGAUGGGGGGGGGUUGCUGGAGCCCAUUUCAGGCACAGGCACAGAGAGGGUAUCUAAACACCACAUAGAAACUCCCAACACGAUAAGAAGGUUCUUGCUGUUUACUGAUCACCACCGGAGACUCCCAAGCAAUGAAAAAUUAUCCAUACAAUGUAAUACUGAUCAAUUUAAAAGGUACCCAAGAAGCUUACAUUUAUAAUGUCUUUUUUUUUCUUAAAUACAUAACAUAAUGAGUCCCAAGACGAACCUAAUACAAUUUAAUGUUCUUUUUUUUUUCAAGGACAGGGCACAUUAAUCACCAUUAGUAUAAAUGUGCUAUUUUUUGCCAAAUGGCUCAUUUUGAGUUGCUGUUUGUGGGCCAGAUGUUAAACUAUCCAUUAAAGGGCUGUAAAACAUAAAAGAACACAAUUAAAGGCCAUUAGAAAAUAGAGGAAGGAAAAAAUAAAACAGGGUCAAAACUUCAGAGAAUGGAGCAGGUAGCAUGGAAACAAUGCUGUGCAAAAGUCUAGGAAAAUGGGAAAUGUGUGUUUGCUGAAGUCUAGCAAGCUUUAAAGUCAGUAUUUGGUGUGACCACUGUUAUUCUUCAACACACCCUGAACUCUUAUAGGAAAAAUUCUUGAAUCCAUAUGUCCAUCAAUUUAGGCAAGAUCUCCUAUACCACUGAAAUGCAGCCCCAAACCAUCACAGAGCCUCCAGAGUGUUUUAUAGAUGGCUGUAGACACCCCUUUCCUUAAUUUCUCUGUGUAUAGUGAUUAUUUCAGGCAGAAAUUACAAAUUUGGAUUUAUCCCUCCAUAAGAUCUGUUUCCAGUGAACUUCAGUUCAGUGCUUGUGUAAUUUGGCAUACCUCAGCUUUUUCUUCCCGUUUCCCUUUCCUAAGAAAUGAUUCUUGACAGCCAUCCUUCCACCUAGACUGUGUGAACUGAGGCUUCAAUGAAAAGCAGAUGGAUCAACUGAAGGUCCAGAUCCAUCUCUCAGGUCCCUUGUUAGGUCUUUACUGGACUCUUUUUUUAUUUCUUAAAGGCAUGGCUGUCAGAUACUGUUCAUCUGCUGUGGAUAGUUUUAUACACCUACCACUUCUUUUCUCCUCCAGUUGUCUAAUUUCAUGGUUUUUGGCUUUGGGAAUCACCUUAUUAUUGCAGAAUUACA